GCCGGAGCGCCGCGCCUGCGCGCUCAGCCCGUUGCCGCGCCGGCCCUGCGGACGUGCGCGCGCUGCCUUCGCGGCACCUGGGCCUGAGGUGCGUGCCUCCCGGGCCCUCGCCAGCUCCAGAUGCCUGGGGAGGACUUCAGAAACCCGACUGAGAAGUGGAGCGACCCCCAGGGAGGGUCGGACCUGCCUCAAUUCCGCCAAGGUCUUUCAUUUCUUGUUCGCUUACUUUCGUGAAAUCCUCACAUCGUUUUAAUGGUACUAGUCAAGACAAGAAAAUCAACAGGCUUUCAGCCUUGAGGCAACAUUGGAUAUUACUGAGACAUCUGUGGAAUUUAAGAACACUAUGGAGCUCAUCAGAGUAUAUCACUGAAGAAUAUGAUGGCUGAAAACAAUUUAAAAAUGCUAAAGAUUAAACAGUGUGUGGUAGCCAACAAACUACCUAGAAACAGGCCAUAUGUUUGCAAUAUUUGCUUUAAGCACUUUGAAACACCAUCAAAAUUAGCUAGGCACUAUCUCAUUCAUACUGGUCAAAAGCCAUUUGAAUGUGAUGUGUGUCAUAAAACCUUUAGACAACUAGUUCAUCUGGAGAGGCAUCAACUAACUCAUAGUCUGCCUUUUAAAUGUAGUAUUUGUCAGCGCCACUUUAAAAAUCUGAAGACAUUUGUGAAGCACCAACAACUUCACAAUGAAACCUAUCAGAAUAAUGUUAAACAGGUCAGAAGAUUGUUGGAGGCCAAGCAAGAAAAGUCAAUGUAUGGAGUGUAUAAUACUUUUACCACAGAGGAAAGAUGGGCCUUACACCCGUGCUCUAAGUCCGAUCCCAUGUAUAGCAUGAAAAGAAGAAAGAAUAUUCAUGCAUGUACAAUCUGUGGCAAGAUGUUUCCAUCACAGUCAAAACUUGAUAGGCAUGUACUUACUCAUACUGGUCAGAGGCCUUUUAAAUGUGUCUUGUGCACUAAAUCUUUUCGACAGUCAACUCACUUAAAAAUCCACCAACUUACACAUUCAGAAGAAAGACCUUUUCAAUGUUGUUUUUGUCAAAAAGGAUUUAAGAUUCAAAGCAAACUUCUGAAGCAUAAACAAAUCCAUACCAGGAAUAAGGUUUUUCGGGCUCUUUUAUUAAAGAAGAGGCGUACAGAAUCUCGCCCCCUGCCUAAUAAGUUAAAUGCAAAUCAGGGUGGUUUUGAAAAUGGUGAGAUUGGUGAAUCUGAGGAGAAUAAUCCACUUGAUGUCCACUCAAUUUAUAUUGUCCCUUUUCAAUGUCCAAAGUGUGAAAAGUGUUUUGAAUCAGAGCAGAUUCUCAAUGAACACAGCUGUUUUCCUGCUAGAGGUGGCAAAAUUCCAAGCAGGUUCAAAAGAAGCUACAACUAUAAAACCAUUGUUAAAAAAAUCUUGGCCAAGCUUAAACGUGCUAGGAGUAAAAAAUUUGUUAACUUUCAAUCUGAGAAAAAAGUAUUUAAAAAGAGUUUCUUGAGAAAUUGUGAUCUUAUUUCUGGUGAGCAGAGCUCUGAACAAACCCAGAGAACAUUUGUGGGUUCUCUUGGCAAACAUGGAACAUAUAAAACAAUUGGCAAUAGAAAGAAGAAAACAUUGACUUUGCCGUUUUCUUGGCAAAGUAUGGGAAAAAAUUUGAAAGGCAUCCUUACCACAGAAAACAUAUUAAGCAUUGAUAAUUCAGUGAAUAAGAAAGACUUGUCAAUCUGUGGUUCAUCAGGUGAGGAAUUCUUUAAUAACUGUGAGGUACUUCAGUGUGGUUUUUCAGUUCCAAGGGAGAACAUACGUACUAGACAUAAGAUAUGUCCUUGUGACAAAUGUGAGAAAGUAUUUCCUUCUAUAUCCAAACUAAAAAGACACUAUUUAAUUCAUACUGGACAGAGGCCCUUUGGCUGUAAUAUUUGUGGGAAAUCUUUUAGACAGUCAGCUCACUUAAAAAGACAUGAACAGACUCAUAAUGAAAAGAGUCCUUAUGCAUCUCUUUGCCAAGUAGAUUUUGGAAACUUCAACAAUCUUUCGAAUCCAGGUAAUAAUGUUAACUAUAAUGCUUCCCAACAAUGUCAGGCUCCUGGUGUUCAAAAAUAUGAGGUCUCAGAGUCAGAUCAAAUGUCAGGAGUUAAGGCAGAGUCACAGGAUUUUAUUCCUGGUAGCACCGGGCAAGCCUGUCUUCCUAAUGUACUUUUAGAAUCAGAGCAAAGCAAUCCUUUCAGCAGUUAUUCAGAGAAUCAGGAGAAAAAUGAUGUCUUCCUGUACCGAUGCAGUGUUUGUGCUAAAAGUUUCCGAUCUCCAUCUAAACUGGAAAGACACUACCUGAUUCAUGCAGGGCAGAAACCAUUUGAAUGCUCAGUUUGUGGCAAAACAUUCAGACAGGCUCCUCACUGGAAGAGACAUCAACUUACUCACUUUAAAGAACGACCGCAAGGGAAAGUGGUUGCCUUAGAUUCGGUUAUGUAAACUGUUGCAACCACUAACAAUUGUGGUCUCUGGUGAUCUUAUUUUUAAAGCCUGUAUUAUUUAAAAUGCAUUUUUAUUGAAAGGCCUGCAUUAAACUGAAUGGUUUCAAGGCAUUUGCUUGUCUUGCAUAGUAAGGAGGUAAAAUACAUAGAAAAUUAAUACAGUAUUUUAGAAACAGCCAAAUUAAUUUUUAGAGGCAAGAACAUGAUUUGAUGCUAUAAAGUAGUCAUUUUAAUAUUGUAAACAUAUGCUUUGGCUGUAUUGAAAAAUAUAAAUCCAUGAUGCUGUACAAAUAAUGUAGCCUCAUUCAUUUUUUAAAGGAAUUAUUCCUUAAGACAUGCCAUCUCACUGAGAGGCAAAACUUGGCUUUUAGCUGCAGCACAUAGCCCGGUUAUAUUUGAUUUAGUUUACAUUUCAUAUGAAAGCAUAAUUUUGUCCACAUGUGGCUCAAAUUGCAUUGGAAUUUUUUUUUUUUUUUUUUUGUAAACUUAAAAAACUACAGAGGCACUAGGUGAAAAUGGAUGAGAAAAUUAUAGUAGUAUUUUCAUUGGUCUUUU